UGCUUCUUUUCCAGGAUGAAGGUGAAAAUGAUUAUGUUACUUUUUCAAAUCUUAGCGAUUUCAACCCUCAAGUCAGAUUCAGCUGAUGUUCCUGACGGAUAUGUAGAAGAGAAUGUGGCUUUACUUGGGAGGGCCACUCAGUCAGCACAACUGCGGGGGCAAUGGGCAGCUUUCGCCCAUGCAAGCAAUGCCAUUGAUGGAAACCGAGAUUCCAAUUACCACCAUGGAUCCUGCUCCCACAGUGAAGGGGCCAACCCCUGGUGGAGGGUGGACCUGAAGAAGGUGUACACAAUCGCCUCCGUCACCAUCACCAACAGAGGAGACUGCUGUGGAGAAAGGAUCAGUGGAGCUCGCAUCCUCAUCGGCAAACACCUGAAGAACAACGGCAUCAAUAAUCCAGAGUGCAGCACGAUUAACGUUAUGGCAGAAGGAGAGACUAAAACCUUUCACUGUCCACAGCCAAUGAUUGGACGCUACGUCACAGUGUACCUCCCAAAAACAGAAGCCCUUCAACUCUGUGAAGUGGAAGUGAAUGUUUUAUUUCCUGCCCCUUGUUAAGUAGUUUGCAAAUUCCUUUGUAUUAAAACGUGAUUGUUUCUUUACAGACAGAUGCAGUGAAUCUGAAAUGGGGUAAUUAAAUAAAUUUGACUCUUUUGGGA